CCUGCCCUGGUUUCUGCUUAAAUGCUACUGUGGGAAGUGGGAUUCCUCUGAGUAAAAGCAGACUCCCUCCCAACCAUGUUUUUCCUGACUCCAGUCCUGGUGGCACUUGUCUGCAUUUUGAUUGUGUGGAUCUUUAAAGCUGCUGAUAGAAGCCCAGAGAAAAAGAAAGGGGAGCUCCAAGCUCGGCCCUGGAUGGAUGAAGACUUAAAAGACAGCACUGACCUCCACCAAGUAGAAGAAGAUGCUGAUGAAUGGCAGGAGUCAGAGGAACCUGUUGAACAUAUCCCAUUCUCCCACACCCGGUAUCCUGAGAAAGAAAUGGUUAAGAGAGCUCAGGACUUUUAUGAACUUCUCAGUAAGAGACGGUCAGUCAGGUUCAUAAGUGAUGAGCAAAUCCCAAUGGAAGUCAUUGAUAAUGUCAUCAAAACAGCAGGAACAGCCCCAAGUGGGGCCCACACAGAGCCCUGGACCUUUGUGGCCGUGAAGGACCCAGAUAUGAAGCAUCAAAUCCGGGAGAUCAUCGAGGAGGAAGAGGAAAUAAACUACAUGAAAAGAAUGGGACCUCGCUGGGUUACAGACCUGAAGAAACUGAGAACCAAUUGGAUUAAAGAGUACUUGGACACCGCACCCGUAUUGAUUCUCAUUUUCAAGCAAGUGCAUGGUUUUGCUGCUAAUGGCAAGAAAAAAAUCCACUACUACAAUGAGAUCAGCGUCUCCAUCGCUUGCGGCAUCCUGCUGGCAGCGUUGCAGAAUGCAGGGCUGGUGACGGUCACCACCACUCCCCUCAACUGUGGCCCUCGUCUUCGGAUGCUCCUGGGCCGCCCUCCACAUGAAAAGCUGCUGGUGCUGCUCCCGGUGGGCUACCCCAGCAAGGAGGCCACAGUGCCAGACCUCAGACGGAAGACUCUGGAUCAGAUCAUGGUGACGGUGUAGGCAGAAGCCUGUCCCGGAGAUGCUCGGAUGACGUUUGUGUUUGUACUGGCUGCUGUUUCUCUCAGGGCAAGCCUGUUCUGCACUAUGAUUCACAAGGACGGCCACCCUGAAGCCAUGACUCCUUUCCAUACCUUCAGCACUUUCUGUCCACUGAGUCCUGCACAGGCACACGGGGAGCAAGAGAUCAGCAAGCCGGUGUGCUUCAAUUUCUUUUUUUUUUUUUUAAGUUUGACUGUUUGAGAUACUUUUUAAAAAUUUUUAUUUUAUUAGUACAUUUUAGAUAUUCAUAAUGAUGACAUUCAUCAUAGGGAAUUUGUACCUGUACAUGAUAUAUCUUCCUUCUUUUUUUCCCAUUCCCACCCACUUUGACCACUCUUCCCGUCCUUAUUUACAAAAGCUUUGUUUCCAUUUUUUCUUUAUAUUCUCUCUUUUUCUUAUCUCUUCCUUCCUUUGCCCUGCCCCCUCUGCCUUGUUUCCCUUCCCAUUUGAAUGUUUUCUUCCCAUUUCCCAAUAUCCAUUGUACAUUUUGAUCUUUAUUUACACUUUCAGUUUCUUACACCAGAGAAACAAUGUAAUAUUUAAACAUGGAUGUCUGUCUUAUUUCACUUAAGAGUAUGGUCUCAAAGUGCAUCCAUUUAAUAGGAAAGUCUCAAGCUUAUCCUACUUUAUGGCAGAGUAGUAUUUCAUUGUAUAAAAAA